AUGAAAUUCCCACUCCACCUCGUCCUUUCCGCCACCAUCCCCGCCCACGUCCUCGCCGACAUUCUCAUCGGCCAAGCCACUGCGCUCGACUGGAGCGGUACAGUCGGCUGUUUCUCCGCCGUGACCAUCGGCAUGGCCCCCGCGUCCGCCUUCACGUGCCACAACGUCGGCGAAUUCGACUCUUCCGAUGGUGUCAUGGCUGGGCAAGAUGACCCUGAGAGCGAAAUGUUCGAGUUCAAAUUGGAGGACAAGUUUUGCCAUGCUGGCUGGGUGACGUUCACGCCGCUUAAUUGGGAGUAG